GUGAAAACACGAUAAAGUCGCCUUGUGCUUGACAGCUGUGAUCCAUCUCCUCCAGUUAGACCUCCGAGUCUGGUGAGGUGCAGCCCACACAUACAGCAUGUCCUCCCAGGAGAAUGGGGCUGCAGAGCCAGGCCCUGACUCAAUGGGACCAUCGACCUGUUCCUCCACGAUGAAUGAUGCUCUCACUCGGGACGUCUUCACUGUCACCAUUGGAGCAACCGUGCCGACGGGAUUUGAGCACACUGCUGCAGAUGAGGUCAAGGAGAAAAUUGGUGUUGAUGCACGAAUCGGCAAAGAUCGUGGACGCAUCUAUUUCCCAAUAGCCACUGACAAGCUGUUCCAGGUCCAUCUUCUGAAAUCUGUGGACAACCUGUUUGUUGUGGUUGAGGAGGAGGAUUUUUACCAAUUCAAAGAAUCAAAGGAAGAUACAUUGAUGGAUAUGCAGCAGCUUGCCUACAAACUCCCCUGGACUAAUGCCUUAGAGGUUUGGAAACUAAAUGCCACCCUAAAAAAGAAGAAAGGCUACAGGAAAAAAGGAAAUGGCCCAAAAGUGAAAGUGAAAUCUAAUAGUGAGCCCAUGGAUGCAACUGUGGCUGAAGCUGAGCAGCAAGAGGUGCCACAGGCGGCGACUGCUGCUGACAACCAGACAACGGCCGAGAGCACGGCUGACAGAGAGACCAGCACCCAGGACUCAGAAGCAGAACCCGAGGCCAAACUCAUCAAGUUCCGUGUGACGUGCAACAGGGCUGGUGAUAAACACAGCUUCACCUCUAAUGAGGCAGCCAGAGACUUUGGUGGGGGGGUGCAAGAAUUUUUCCAGUGGAAAGCAGACAUGACAAAGUUUGACAUCGAGGUGUUACUAAACAUACACAAGGAAGAGGUGGUGAUCGGCAUUGCACUCACAGAAGAGAGUCUUCACAGGAGAAACAUCAGUCACUUUGGACCCACCACUCUGCGGUCUACCUUGUGUUAUGGCAUGCUCAGGCUUUGUAAACCUCAGGCAUCAGAUAUAAUAAUCGAUCCAAUGUGUGGGACUGGAGCGAUACCAUUGGAGGGGGCCAUUGAAUUUAACAAUUCAUUCUACAUUGCCGGUGACAACAGUGACAUGGCAGUUAAGCGCACAGUAAAUAAUGUAGCUCACAUCCAGAAACGGAGAGCGGAAAAAAGCAGCACUGCAUCUGGAUUGCCCAUUGACACAGUGCAGUGGGAUCUUUGUAAUUUACCCAUAAGGACUGGCUCCGUCGACAUUGUCAUCACUGACAUGCCCUUUGGGAAGAGAAUGGGCUCAAGGAAGAAGAACUGGGACCUGUACCCUUCCUGUCUGAGAGAAAUGGCCCGUGUGUGCACACCAGGCACAGGGAAGGCUGUCUUGUUGACACAGGACAAGAAGUGCUUCACCAAGGCUGUCUCGAGGAUGGGAGGACUGUGGAAGAAGCUGCAUACUGUUUGGGUCAAUGUGGGGGGUUUGCAUGCUGGAAUCUACCUCCUCAAGCGGACCGAGGGUGUGUUUGGCCAAACUCCGGAGGACGUCUACGAAUCGAAAGAGACGGUCCACGCUGAGGGGGACGAGAAGAGCGCCGAGGAGCUCUCUUAAUUCACAUCCUGCGUUUAAGUUCUGAGUUUAUAUUUGAGGUCCUGUAGGAUCGACAUUGUUUAUAUUCUCUUCAAUAAAUACUUCUUUUUUAAUUAUU